UCCCUGAAAUGUUGGUAGCAGUGUUGGUGUGGCAGUCAGCUGUUUCCCUGCUUAGUUGUCGCAUCGGGUGGGACACAGAGCAACGCAAAGUAGCACUCCAUCACGUGAGGAACAAUGGUUUCAACGAAAAACGAGUAGACGAUCCCAGUGGUUCGAUUAACGUGAAAAACCGAAUUUUCCUCGAGACCGAGUUUGCUGAGUCGUCCAAUUUGCCAUCUCCAACCGAGCAGUUCAUCACAGAAAGAUUUGACUGAACCUCAGUCAUAAAGCUCCCCUCGAGAUGACGGAAUACUGGUUGAUAUCAGCCCCGGGUGACAAAACGUGUCAACAAACAUGGGAGACGAUGAACAAUCUCACAUCGAAACAAAAUUCCUUAUCACUAAACUACAAAUUUCACAUACCAGACUUGAAAGUCGGUACCCUGGAUCAGCUGGUAGGUCUGUCCGAUGACCUCGGUAAACUCGAUGCAUUUGUCGAACAAGUGACUCGCAAGGUCGCUGCCUACCUCGGAGAAGUCCUCGAGGAUCAGAGAGACAAACUCCAUGAGAAUUUGAUGGCCAAUAAUAGUCAAACAUCAGUGGAUGACGGUGAGAACACGAGCCUUGAGGGGGGUCCGGACACCCCACCAAACACCCCUGUAACACCAUCACACAAGAGCAUGAAGGAUCAGCAACAACACAAGCCAUGGAAGGAGCUGGACAAUAAUGACAGAGAGCCAGCACCGAGUUUAGGUCAGCAUCAUGAACGUCAUAACAGCCAAAGCCUUCAUAGUCAUUCCAGUCAUUACAAUCAUCACGAUAUCCAGAAUCAUAACUCCAAUGCCGAUAGGAGAUUAACGAUAAAUCAAGCUGGUGAUAAUCGUACACAGAAUGAAUCAUCGAUUUAUUCGUGUUACCAUACACAUUGGUGCGCUGCUUCUGCUCCAUCAUCACCAUCGCCAACUCCAACACCCACAAGUCCGUCCCAAUCCUUUUCAUCACAUUGCAGUAGCGAUGAGGAUAAAACAAGACGACGUGGCUCACAGUGUCAUCGAAAAGUUCGUAAAUUACGUCGUACAACGUCAUCAAGUUCCAAGUCAUAUGCUGAUGACACUGAUACCAGUCAUGAUGAGGAGCAUAGCGAAGAUCAAGAACAAGAGCAAGACGAUUGUGGCAUUCUGCCUAAUCCAGGUGAUUUGCCGACGUAUAUAACCCGCUUUCAAUGGGAUAUGGCUAAGUAUCCGAUCAAGCAAUCGUUGAGGAAUAUCGCUGAUAUUAUUAGCAAACAAGUUGGACAGAUUGACUCCGACUUGAAGACCAAGUCGACGAUGUAUAAUAAUCUCAAGGGAAGCCUUCAGAACUUGGAGAAGAAGCAAACUGGAAGUUUAUUGACUCGCAACCUCGCUGAUCUUGUCAAGAAAGAGCACUUUAUUUUGGACAGUGAGUACCUCUCGACAUUGCUCGUCAUCGUGCCAAAAUCCAAUAUCCAAGAGUGGCACGCAGUGUACGAGAAGCUCACAGACAUGAUAGUCCCCCGAAGUACUCAAAUGAUAACCCAGGACUCCGAGUAUGGGCUGUUCACAGUGACGCUUUUUAAAAAAGUUGCUGAGGAAUUUAAGCACCACGCGCGUGAGAAGAAAUUCAUCGUUCGUGAUUUUACGUAUAAUGAGGAGGAGCUCGCUGCUGGGAAGAACGAAAUCACCAAAUUGGUGACUGAUAAGAAGAAGCAGUUUGGACCACUCGUUCGUUGGCUCAAGGUCAACUUCAGCGAGUGCUUCUGUGCCUGGAUUCACGUGAAGGCUCUUCGAGUUUUCGUUGAAUCGGUUUUGAGAUAUGGAUUGCCGGUCAAUUUCCAAGCUAUUCUACUGCAUCCGAAUAAGAAAAGCACCAAAAGGCUGCGGGAUGUUUUGAAUCAAUUGUACGCGCACUUGGAUUCGUCGGCGUCGGGAGCAGGAAGUGGUAAUCAAGAUAGUAUGGAUAUUCCGGGUCUAGGUUUCGGUCAGAACGAGUACUACCCCUACGUCUACUACAAAAUAAACGUCGAUAUGGUUGACAAUAAAGUUUAAAAAAAAUGAACGAGGAAACCGUGUCAAUAUUAACGUCCUCUAGGCGCACAUCCAACAUGCUACUAUUUUCUCCUGUCCAUUCAUCCGUUCACAAGAAGAAUUCUAGUUUCAUGGGGCAGGUGAGUGACAGCAAUAAUUGUCAUUUGCCAAUGGACUGCAUAUGAAAACAAUUUCCACUUUAGUUUCGACGAUAGAACAAACCCUUAUCCUGAUUUUCCAGUUCCCAUUAUAGAUUAAUGAGAGACUAUUCCGUUAAAUCAUGUUGGUAUAAGCACACAAAUUCGGACGACAAACAAUAAGGCAAUGAAAAUAGUCAAAGGAACAAUCCAUUGUAAAUAAUUAUCACAAAAGAUUUAUUGGGAAUGACUAAAAAAUCUAAAUAUAACGAAAAUUAGUUUUCAAUUCCGAUCCUGGGUUGAUCGGUAUUUUUACAAUGUAUUCCAACUCCCGAUUCCUCUUUCAAUUCCUCAUUUUAACUGAGUUCAAUGAGAAACUGUUCUAUUCUAAGAUUUAUGAAUGUUAAAAUUGUUUAAAUGGCGUUUUGAAUUUAGUAUUACGUGGCAUGAAAAAAAUGGCCGAGGCAGCAAUUGAACUCUUGAAUUCCUCUUAGAAACGUAUCUCCCGACCCCUCCCCCCCUCGAUUUUUCCUGUCACUCGUGGAGAUCGUGAUUAUCUUUGGAAAAUUUCUGACGAGUGGUAAGGUACUAGGAAUCAUUCAGUAUUUUUUUUUAACGUGGAGAGUUUCCAAGAUUUUUUAAGAUAAAAGGAAAAUAUUCAAUGUGUCAGGCAAUAACACUCCUGAAUUUUUUCCAACGACCCUUUCUAUCUUCUGAAAUAAUAUGUGAAAAGGGCCGGCGAUGAUCUGCUCCACUUCCGGAAUAAAAUCACGACAAAGGUACCGAUGUGGUUUUAACAAAACGCCAGGAUGAACUUGUAUAUUGUAGAUACAAAUUGGUUAUGCGAUUGUUCAGAUCACUGUACAUCGAUUAUGAGAUACACUGUAAAGCUAUGAAUAAAUAUUCCGUUCCGUUA